UCCGCCGGCAGUGGUUCGGUAUUUUACCUUUAGUCGACCGGCGCUCGUGAGUCGCUACUAGUGAACACACGUGCCCGAGAUAAAUUCACUUCCAUCAGUAUGGAUCAGCUGAAAAGCGGAUGGUUCAGCGAACUCACCGACCUGUUGUCGGGUAGGAGUUUUUCUAUGGAAGUGGAACAGGUUCUCCAUAAAGAACAAUCUAAGUACCAGGAGAUACUUGUUUUAAAAACGUAAGUUUGUAAAAUUAUGUUGAAACACAAUUAUUAAUUUUAUCGUGUGCUGUGGUUCGAAUACCUUAUACGUCCAUAAGAUAAAUAAUAAUGUCGGAUAAUCGAUGGAUUACGAUUAUAUUUUAAAUUAUACCCAGUAUUUUAGUGCACACAGGAUAUUUUUUCGAAAGGUAGGGUGUUUGUAUUUAUAAUGAUUUUCACGAAACAAUAUAUAAGGGAGGGGCACUUUGUAGAACUCUAUGCAGACAUAUAUUUUAAAGUCAAACUUCUAAAAAUAUAGGUACUUAAUACAUGAUACCUACGUGGGUUAUAAAUUAUUAGACUAUACGUAUACGUUUUAAAAUAUUGUAUUAUCUCUUUAUAACACUUAACGUAUGAAUAGGCAUUAAUUAUUUAACAACAAAAGUAAACACUGCAGGUUAAAACUACAAAUUAAACAACUUAAAUGUUAGGUAAUGUAUAUUACGCACCUAUACCUAUUUGUAUUUCAGUUUGGCUUAAAGGAAGAAAUUUCAGGAACGUUUGAGAAUUGUGAAUUAACAUAAAUCGAAAGUACAUUUUUAAUAGCUAAAUUAAGUUCCUCAUUUUGCUAAGAUUAUUAAGAGGACGUUAUACCCGUAUCUACUGUCUCAGUCCAACUACCGAGUAACAUGCACAACCAAUGCUUACACAGAAUAAGUAAAACUGGUUUAAUUUUGAUUUUACAGUAAAAGUACCUAUAAUGAAAUCAAUAGAUAACGAUAUUUUGGAGGAAAUGUUAUAAGUGUUUUUUUAAAUUAUAAACUUUUAAAAAAGUUUCAGUUAUUUAAAAAACAAAGAAAAAAUGUUUUUGUAUCUUUUAUAUCGAGCUUUAUGUUUUGAAUAAUACAAAAACUCUACAACAUUCCCUACAAAAUAUUGUUCUUUAUAAAUUUUAUAAUAAGUACUUUUACUUUAAAAUCAAUAUUAAGCUAGUUUUACUUAUUUUUCGUAGACAUUGUUUUUGAAUGUUACCCGGUAGUUGGACUGGGACAGUAUAUGCGGGUAUAACGUGCUUUUAAACACAAGGAUGGUUUCUGGUAGUAAAUUUUGUCUUGUUGAUGCAUUGUGGAAGUCAUUUUCUUGUACUCUUAAUAGGACAGACAGUCUCGGAAACCGACUGUUUAAAUCCCAACUGAUUCCCGCUUAUUUGAGUCUACCGUUUUGACCACCCAGAGAACCAGAGGUGGUUCUUGACAAGCUCCAAGGACGAAGACGAACAUAUUUUGCAUAUAAUACAUAUACAUCUCACUUUUCCACUCCACAUGUUCAAAGACAAGAUAAUUAAUCGAAUGUGAUAGGGUAUAAUUAGCACACGUUUAGUAUAUAUCUUUAUCAUAUACAAUUUAUAAUUGAUUAUCUUUUAUAAUAUUUUUGAUAGUAAAACAUACUGAAAACAAUUGAGUGACCAACUCAUCUCUCCCCCUUUAUUUCAUUAUAAAGUUAUAAUCCUUAUAAGUGAGUAUAUGUAUUUUGAGAGCACCUCCAUAAUAAGAUGUUGCUUAAAAAGUGAUAAUAUGAUACUAAUCCACCAUUGGACGAAUAAAAUUAAACUAAUUAUUAGGAUGACUACGUAUAUGCUAUACAAACAUGGGCACAGGCCAAGGAGGGGCGAUAGAUGGAUCGUCCCUCCCUCUGGAACCGCUAGUGUCGGGAGCCGACUGUUUGGUCGCUAUUGGAGUUUAAAGUUUCCGUUCUCAAAAUACUUCUUCAUUUAUUUUUGUUUUCAUUUUUAAUAUUUUCGGGUGGUUUAAAUGGACGUAUUUAUGGUUUGAGAUUAUUUCAAAAAGUUUUCUUGGUGAGUCCUGGCAAACGGUCGUGAGGACUGUCCGAUUCAUCAGACCUUUGGAAUCCUACAGACUAUCUAAGACGGGACCAUCUAAGACCCUCCCGGACAGUUCUGAGAAUUAAACAAGCGCAGAAUUACCCGGUAUUUCCUAUAAGCUCACAUUUUUCUUUUAUACCUUUAUCACGGUAAAUAAUUGUUGUUCGGUAAUUUAUUUUUGAAAAAUGGUACUUCUUUGUCCAUAAUAACCAAAUUAAAUAAUAACUUUUUUUUUAGAUUCUGAGCGAAGUGAGGUUGGUUUUACAAUGAUGUUUUUUUUUUUUUUCUGUUAACAAAUUUUUACCAGAAAUGUUGAUCCAAACUUCAAGUGUAGCACUUUUUCUGAAAGAAAAUCUAACUGGGGUGGUACUUUAGAGAAAUGAUUUUUUGAUUUUACUAAUAAAUGUGAAAAAAUAGGAAAAAAUCGUAAAUAUUAUAACCAUUCAAAACAUGUCGAACCGAACUCCGCUAAGAAUCGUUUUUCUUUAGAAAUGAUUAAUCUUUGCGUACAGAUAUACCUUAAAUUUCCUCUUCACCUGCCAAAUACUCACCUACAACAGUGGCCCAAUAAUGCGAAGUAUUUCUUUUUUUUUCAUGCAUUUAAAGUUCAAAUAUUUUAUGAAAAUCGUAAAAAUAACGGCAUUUCUAGUAAUAUUUUCCAAUUAAUGCAAAACUUCUUUAGCUCCAUAAAAAAUACAAAAAUUUGAGACGAAAAUACACUGACAGUUUUAUAUUUAUUUUUUUAAUUUUAAUAUACAUUUAUCAAAACAAAGUUAACUGAUUUUCGCCCAGAAUAGUUUUUUGCAAUGAUUUAUUUACUUGCAAAUAGGUAAAUCAAAUCACUUUUUUAUAUGGUAUGUUACUUUCUUACCUUUCUGAUUUUGAUAUUCCGUUAUCUUGUUCUGGAUCCACCCUUGUGGCUAACCUAACUUAAUUAAAUAUUAUUAAAAUUAAACGUUUUAAAUGAAAAAACCACGAUUUUUUCCAAGAGUUCUUGGUAUCAUAUAUACAUAUGUCAAUAUUACGAAAGCUAAAAUUGCAAAAGUCAAAUAAAUACUAAACGUGAACCGAAUUUGUUUUCCGUGGAUUGAUUAUGCGUAGCUUAUAGAUAUCUAUAAUGUUGAAAAGAUUACAUUGUGUCUUAUAAAUAAGAGAUAAUAAUACAAUAUAGUAUAGAUAGGUGAUGAAAAUAAUAUCUAGGAUGAUAAUAAUUCAAUAUGAAAAUAUAGUCUAUUAAAAUACUUAUAGUUUACUUAUACAUUUUUUUCUGGUAGAAUAUUAUUAUCGUGUUCAACUGUUAUUACAAAAUAAACGAACGAGUUUUCAAUUUUCAAAUUUAAUUAGGAAUCGAUAUCGUCCGACGUCAUUAUUAUGGCCCAUUAUAUUGCACGGUUACACAAAAUAAUCGAAGAAACCGAAUCAUUUAUUAUAUUAUCUAAUUUACAUACGCGUAACACACACACACACACACACACACAUACAUAACUCAGAUUAUACGCAACGAUUAGUAAUUAAUAAUUAUAUAAUACUAAUUUACCACAAGACCACGAAUUAUGAAACUGUAUAUUAUAGGGUAUCUUCGAUCGUGGUAUAAUUUUAUGCAUAUUAAAAGCCGUACAUAGUUCAUUAUUUUUAACUAGACCGGUGAUAAUAUUGUAGGGAAAAUAUUAUCUCAUAUUCUCAUUUUACAAGUAUUAAACGGUAUACAAAACGAAUGCUAUAACAUUGUGCUAUUUAUCAAAUAGAUAUAGAAAUAGUAAUAACUACAGUUGUUGUGUUUUUUUUUUCUUAUAAUAUAAGCAUUUAUCUUUGGUAUAUUAUAUUAAGCAUCUCGGCUAUUAAAAAAAAAUAAAAAUCAUAACUAUAGAAAUUAUUAGUGUGAUUGAUAGUGCGUAAUAAAAAAAAAAAAAAAAUUAAAGCCUAUACUGGUGAUGGGCGUGACACUGAAGUAAUUUAAUUUAUAUCUGUACGCAACGAAAAAUCAUCGCUAACAAAAAAAACGAUUCUGCACGACAUUUUACCGCAUUUUUAAAUAAUCUAGUAAUUAGGUAAUACAUUAACUGUCGAGCUAAUUAAACAAUAUAUCUACAUCAAUCAAUUAAAAUAUACUUAACGUUUUUGGUUUAAAUAGGUACCUAGAUACCUAUUACAAACAUUUGAUUUGCGUACCAUAUUGUGUGAAAUUUACGUACCUAUAUUCGUUUUUUACAAAUUACGAAUGAUAUGUUUAUUAUCAUAUCAUAGCACUGUAUAUUAAUAAAUUCGUAUUACGAUUAUAAUUUUCUUAAUUUAACUCUCAUAAAAAUGUUUUAUCGAUACUGCCGGAGUUAGAAACGAUUUGAUUAUACAUUUUUUAUUGCGUUCAUUAACCCCUGAUCUUUUAAAAUAUUUUUACAUUAUGGGUAUCCUACUCGUGGUGUUUUUCAAAUAUUGUUAGCAAUAGUUAAUAACGAGUUUUCAACAUUUACAAUUAAUAAGUCUUAAAAAUUCUAAAUAAAUAAUUCAAUCAGUUUUAAUUUGUGUAUUAAGGGAGAUCUGCGCACGAACUUUUUUUAUCGUUCAAAAUAUACUUUAGGUACUUACCGGAAAAAUGCCUCAUAGAGUGAUCUGAUUUAGAACUUUUUUUUUGGUUGGAAAGAGGAAAAUUCAGUGGCGUCCAACCUAAAAUUUUUAAAAUAUUUUAGUCAUUUUUGAGCUAUUUAUAGACAUUUUAAUUUUACAUGGUUUUUUUACGUAAUUUUUUUUCAGUAGGUACUCUGUGGAUAAAAUUAUUAGACCAAACAGAAACUAUAGACAAUUUAAUAGGAGGUACGCAGGUCGUAUUUUGUGGUAAAAAAAAAAAAAGAUUACAUUACAUUGAUUGUAAUGUAGAAUUUUUGUUUAUAAACAUUUUAAUAUUAAGGUCACAAGCAACUAUAUUAUCCGAACUCGGCUCAGAAUCGUUUUUCGUUUGCAAUGGUUAAUCGUUGCGUACAUUUAUACUUAUACAGUUAUAUUUCCCCUUUACCCAACUUCUCACCUACAACAUGAUGGGUAACAUCAUGUAAAAUAUGUCCGUCUUUUUUAGUUUUUGGUAGUAACAUUUAGGUACAAAAGUAUUUGGGGUGGUGGUUUUAAAUUUCAAAUUCUCCUACACCAUAUCAAUAUAGUUUAGGCUCCACUGGAGUGCAUUGAGAUUUUGAUUUUCGAUUAUGUAAUCACAAAUUAAUUUAAAAAAAUACUAAAAAAUUCGUUAUUCAAACUACAAUUAUGCCGAUUAAGAAGAUAAUUUCCAAAAUCCAGGUCUAAUGUGUCCUGAAGUCAUCUUUUUUCCAACAACAAGAAAAAUAUUGAAAUUGGUGGUUUACAUUACGAAGUAUGAGUUUUUUUCUGAAAAAGCGUAUUUUUAAGCUAAAAAAGAGCAGGCACCUAAUAAUUUUAUUCGUGUAUAGAUCUUUCCUAAUAAUUCUUACGCAGUAUUUAUAUAACUUCGUUUACUUGUUUUUGGUACAAUUCAAAUAUUAUGUAAGUAUGGUGUAGCCGUACAGAUGCAAAUAACGAUGAAAUUCAUUAUUAAAAUACCUAUUGUUAUAAUAAUGAUUUUUAUUUUUUCUGUACACAACUUUAAUACCGGAAAACUUCCGAUAAUCAACUUUAGGGGUGUUUUCCGGUGGAAAAUUUUGUUUAAUGGGUGCAGUUGGAAAUUUUUUGAUUUUUCUUGUAGCUUUCUGAAUAAUUGCGAAAAAAUUCAGGAAAAAUGAGAUAAUUUCUACAAUAAUGGUUUGUUAUUUUUGAUUUUGUUUUUUGUUGUGACUAUGUUAAAAAUAAUCGUACCCCGAAAACAAAUCAUCAUAAUGAAAUAACGUAUAUAUGUUAGUUUGACAAUUAUUUUGUAAGCAUAUAGCAUACAAGGUUUUUGUUAAACCAACGUGUACUUCAUUGUUAAUAAGAUCAUUGUAAUUAUAUCAUUUUAUUCCAUUUUAAUUAUUUAUUUAUUUAUGCAUACGACGUUCGGAGUUUAGUAAUUAUGAAAAAAAAAAUAAGUAGAGAUAUAUUAACAUUAAUAUAUAAUUAAACGUAAGCAACCAAAUAUGGAUGUAACUUAUCACUAAAAUAAUAAUAUUGCAGACGCAUGACAAGAUCUGCGAGUAAUUUCAUUGUGGCUGAGCCACUUUUGUGUAGUUUUUCCAACCCUUCUUCGAACUUUGUAUUUGAGCACGAUUCUAUUAUAUGCGUGACUGACUGGAUUUCAUUCCUGACCACAUUCACAAAGUGGAGAGCCGAAAAUUUAUGAACGAGAUAGUUGCACCUUCCUUGGUCUGUCUUGAUACGAUUUAACUUUGCUCAUCGGGCCCUUUUUGAAAUCUCAGCCGGUGACUAUUAUGGGUGGGUCUUUAAUUAGGUCUCGGUUACGAGUUUUUGUUUAUUCCCUCCUUUUCUAAUUCUCUUCCUCAGAAAUUCUAUGAUUUUCGUCUGAGAUUCUGCAUGCCAUAUAAUGGCCCUAGACUUCAGGCGUAGCGGUGGAUGUUCAAUCAAGGAUGUCCGAAUGUAGUGGUAGGUUAAGUUGACUGAUUUAUGCAGAAUCUUUGUUGUAUGAACUAAUCUCAUUAAUUCUGGGGGUGUUAUAUUGGAGAGGAUAGGUAACCAUUCUGAUACAUUCAUUUUAAUAAAUAUUAUUAUUAAAACUAUUAUAAAAAUUGUUUAUCAGAAACACUGUUCUUGUAGUAGUGACGAAUUUUGUCAGCGUUUCUAUCUGUGCACAACUUUUCUACCAGAAGACUUGCUCGGACUUCUACAUGAAGCACCUUUUAUAAAAGGAAAUUAGCGUGGGGAGGUACUUUAGCAAGAAUUUUCUCAUCAAAUGCAAAAAGCCAAAAAAAAAAACACAAGAAAAUUUACGGAAUAUAAUAAAUACAAUUUACGAUUUUUUUUCGUCAUCAUUUUUUUUUAGUCAUCAUCUGGCCAUCUCAAUAAUAUUAUCUCUAGUAUAAUUUCUGUGUUUGUACAAUAAUAACAAUGUGUUCUCCCAUUAAUAUAACUGUGUUUGCUAAAAGGAAAUCACAUGGCGUCGUAUUGGUGCUUGACGGGAUGAUCCAGUGCACGGAGUUUGACGAGUAUGCCUACCAGGAAAUGAUUUCUUUCUUGCCCCUGUUCAGUCACCCAAAACCACAGAGGGUUUGUUAUUAAUUAUUUACCGUUUAACGUAAACCGUAUGGACUUUAAUAUAUGACUGCCUUCGUACUUUCGCAGGUUCUCAUUGUGGGCGGCGGCGACGGGGGAGUUGCUAGGGAGGUGGCCAAACACCCCCUGGUGGAAACUAUCGACCAAGUGGAAAUCGACGACCGCGUAGUAGAACUGUCCAAGAUAUAUUUACCAUUCAUGGCCGAAGGGUUCAACAGCCCUAAACUCAACUUGCACAUAGCCGACGGUUUCAAGUUUAUGGAAGAACACACUCAGUACUAUGACGUUAUCAUAACCGACUCUUCAGAUCCCAUUGGUAAGCUCGAUAUAAUAACAUUAUUUUAUUACUUAAACGUCGCAGUUGUAAUGCGUAAAUACCUACACAAGGAUUUUUAAAAAUCAAUAUGGAUAAAAAAAAGGUAUUCUACAAGACUUGUAACAGUUUUAAUUCUGAUUUAGAUUUAUAAGAUAUCCAACCAUAUAUCGUACCUCUCGAAUAUUAUCAUCGUCAAUGGAACGCGUGCUCUUCGGUUAGGUAUUUAGGUUAUUGAGUUUGAUGGAUUGGGUAGAUGGACGACGAAAGAGUACGUACUAUUUAGUAACCAGCUUCACUAUAGCCAAUGUCAAUGCACAUUGUACAUGACCAAAACUGGAAAGUUGUAAAUGCAUAAUAUGUAGCCACAAGAACACUCGGUGGUCAUUGGACACUUUUUAACCUUGAUAAUAUCGGUAGUGGUGAGGGGGUGCUAAAUUUGGCAGAUUAGUGAACUUAAAAAAAAAAAAAAUUGUGUAAUGGUAUAGCAAUGCAAUAAUUAUUGUGUAACACACGUUGUCUAUUUCCAAAUCUAAAUGAAAAUAAAAAUUUAACAGAUUGUACAUACCUAUACAAACCUACUUAUAAGCCAACAAAAACAAUAAAAACGUAAAAAUAUUUGAUUGUAUAUAAUGAACAUAUUGGGUCUAGUAAUGCACUCAUAUUGCAUUUGUUUUUUCCAUGUUACCUACCCAACGUGGUUUAGCAAAAUACAUUUUUCGGAACUCAAGUUUGAACUUGCGAUCUCUGGAAUGACAUCAGGUACGUACCAUUACUAGACAACGACAAAUAUACUAUAAAAUACACAAUAUUAAGUUAUUUAACAUAACACAUAUUACAUAUAGUAUCCGCAAAACAUUAGAACUUCAAAAAGCUAUAAUUUCGAAACACAGAAUUUAAUGGAUUAUUCUAACUUCACCAUUAUUCAUAAAUCGGUGUUCAAAUGUGUUCAAAAUAAAAAGUAAAAAAUUAGAUUUGUUCCACAUAAUUUUUUCGUAAAAAUUUGAUAUUAAAAUUUUCUUAUAAAAAAAUAGUACAUUUAACUUAAUGUAAACUCAAUGAAGACUCAAGUCUUAACAAUUUCACCACAAAGUACCUACUAAAUAAAUAUUGCGUACAAAACUCUUAAAAUUAAAAUGUCUAUAAAUACCUCAAAAAUGGUUUAAUUUUUUUUUAAAUUUUACCACGUCUAGAAAAGGCAAAUAUAAGCUGUCUGUCCAAAUUUCUAGUUUCUACGAAUAUUUUCAACUGAAUUACAAAAAAUAAUAAAAGCAUUAUUUUCGUAAAUUUCCCGUUUUUCUUACGUUUUAUCAUGGUUUUUCCUAGAUAUUAUGAAAACCGCCUGGAAAAUCAAGAAAUGACCUCCCAAAAGUACCAUCUGGACAACAUUCUUUUUCAUAAAUGGUACCGUGUGUACAUAUCUGAGCAAUAUUUAUGGGCAAAUUUUUGUACACAGUAUAAAAAAAAAUUAAACAUCUUAGUAAAACCAAUACAUUCUUCGCUACACUCAGAAACUACAAGUAAAUAUUUUCUACACAGUAUAAAAAUACAAAAAUUAAAAAAUAACAUCUACAUUGUAAAACCAAUCCUUCUACCUCUCGGAAUCUAAAACUAGAUUAUUCAUUACUUACAAUAAGCAGAAUCUAAAAUUGAUCUCUAACACAUUUUAUUUCCUUAGAUGAAGAUUAAUGGUAAAUAAUUAUGUAUGAAAAAGAUGAGCAUACUUCGCACGUGGUUAAGCCUGUUGUAGGUUUGAAGAUUGGAAGGUAGAGGGGAAAUUUAAUGUAUAUCUGUACGCAACAAUUAACCAUUGUUAACGAAAAAACGAUUCUGAGCGGAGUUCAGUGUUGCUUUGUCAACAAUACAAUAUAUGGUAUAUGUCAUAUUAUGGUAAAUCGAUUACAACAAUGUGCGUUUCCAUGAUAACAAUGAUUGUUUAAAAAAGAUUAAAAUAAUAAAAAAUUAAUAAUAACAAUAAAUAAAUAAAAACGGGUUGCUAAUGACAACCUUAUUUUUAAUCUUUCAAUCUUUUUUAACCUAAAGACCUAGGCUUUUUUCAUUAUCUCGAAUUUUAAUGAGAAUUGCAAAAAAUGACCUUUCUAAAAUACCACCCAGAGAACAUUUCCUUUUAGAAAAGGUGCUAUACUUGAUAGUUGGAGUAUUCUUUCUGAUAGAAAAAAGUGUUCACAUAAAAAAAUAAUAAUAAACAUUGUAAAACACAUUACAAUACAUUCCUCGUUCCACUCAGAAUCUAAAAACAAAAAAUAUAUCUUUUUAAAACUAAUACAUUUUUUGCUACACUCAGAAUCUAAAACAUACUUAACAUAGGUACUAUGAAUAUCCUACUGUUGUAGGUAGAAAGUUUCAAAGGAAUAGAAAUAAAGUAAUGUCAUUUUUAUACCAAAAACAAUGAUAAUUUAUUAUUACCAACAUAUUAUUUUGAGUUUGGUAAUCUAGUAACAUUAAGUUUUUUUUUAUGAGGUCAAUUUAACCCAAAAAUCAACAAAAGAAAACCAGUAUCAAUAUUUGUUUUGAUAAUCUAUUAGAAAUCUAUACAAAUAUUUCAAACAAAAUACCAUAGGAAAAAACUUUAUUUUAAUGUGUGGUAUGAACAAUUUGAAGUAUUUUUGCUAACAUAAGUGUAUUCCGAGGAAAAUAAUUUUACUAAAUAUUGUAACUUCUCAUUUUACACUAAAUCUAAGUUUUAAACAAAUUACAAAAUUCUAAUGCAUAUAGUCAUAUAGGUAUACUUAUAAGUUAUUGUUUUAAAUCAUUAUAUAGCUUCAAAAAAAAAAUAUCAAAUUUCAGGAGGCAUUACGGAAAACCAGAAAAAUAGUCACAUAAAACAUAAUUUAGGUAGUAAUUGAUACGAUACUUGGUACCUACUCCUUCAAAAAAUACAUCAGUUAAUAAUAAUAUUACAUAAUAUUAUGUCAUAACAAAAAGACAAUAAUCAUAGGAAAUUCAUAAAGCAUUAAUGAGUUAUUAAAAAAAAAAAAGCCAAGCAGAUUGUGAUCCCCACCCCGUGAGCACGACCAUGUAUGGGUCUGAAAAGAGAAGAAAAUAUUAAUUUUCUUGACUAAUAAAUUAGUGCUAAGCACAUGUAUAAAAAAUCAUUCUCAAUUUUUUAACUCACAAAUUAAUCUUCUUGAACAAGUUUAUUGUUUUUAAAAAUUGGCACAACUAUAAUAUGUCUAUAAUAUCUACUUGACAUGUAUAAAACUAUAUUAGCUAAUACCAUUUGUAAAUUACACUCAUGAUUUUUCUAUACUAUGGAAUAAUCGUGGCAUGAUUAUGAUUAUGAGCUUAGAAUUUUUAAAUAAUAAAUAAUUUAAAUGAUUUGAUCUACUAUAUCAUCGGAUGCUAAUAAUUUUUAUUUGAUAGACAAUUACUCAAUAAGUUAUUCAGCAUAUACCUUAUACUAUUUGUUGUACGAGUACCUGCCUAUACAUAUGCAGCAAUUAUAAUGCUCAUAUUGGUUUACCCAUGUACUCAUAAGUAUCUAUAUUACCAUUGAAAAUUUGUGUGUAGGAUUAUACAUUGUAAUAUUUAUAAUAAAUGUUUUUCAAAAAUUAAAGAACAAUGUUAUGUAGUUAAGAACAAAAUUGUAACUAUAGCCUCAUAAUAAAGUGUUUGGUUUUUUUUUCAUUUCAAUUAGGUCCCGCCAUUUCAUUAUUUCAAAAAUCAUACUUUGAAUUGAUGAAGCGAGCGUUGCGGCCAGGCGGUAUUGUGUGUUCACAAGCUGAUACUUUUUGGGGACAUUUAGAAAACGCAACGUCGAUGUAUGGCCACUGUAAAGAAGUGUUUUCCAAGGCAGCGUAUGCGACUUCUUAUGUGUCCACAUAUCCCGCGGGCCAGAUUGGAUUCGCACUCGGUAGUCUUGAUGAGGUAAAUUAGGAUCUAGGUUUAGUAGCCUUUAAGUAUAUUUUAUUAUUUUUUAAAGUUUACAUUUAUUCUACAACAAUUUGCUAUAAUAAAAUAUUAAUUUCGAAAUAUUUUAAAUAUUUUGAAAAUAAUUCAAAAAUGUUAAACUAAAAUUAUGCUUAAUCCAACCUAAUGCUGUUUGUGUAGUGUUUUGUUUCUUAUAUUUUACAGACAACAAACUUUGCAAAUCCCGUGUAUCAAUUGACCAACCAACAACGAAAAGACAUGAAACUGCGUUACUACACUAAUGAUAUACACAAAGCUGCUUUUGCCUUGCCUGCAUUUGUUGUUGAUGCAUUUGAAGCCAAAAAUACUACAUUGUGAAAAUAAUAUAUUAUGUGUAUAUUAUGUCCUACUUAUAUAAUGUAUAUAUUAUUUACAAUUCGUCUUAUGAGAUGAGUGGUAUACGGUUUUAAAAUAUUCAAAUAAAACAUUUAUAUUGUCUAUAUUUAUUUGCAUACUAUUAUAUUAUUAUUGUGGUAGGUUAUUUUUUAGCUAUACAAAUAUAAUAUUGUACAUAGCAUACCUAUCCAUAAUAUACAGAGUGAUUUUUUGACCACGAACC